AUGUCCCUCCCCGAAAUCUCCUCCCUCUCCCCGCUCCCCGACGACCAGCUCCUCUCGACCCUUGACCUCCUCUUUGAGCCCUCUCCCUCGCUUCAUUCCCUUGCUCUCCCCAUCCUUCGCUCCAGCCAAUUCUCUUCCUACGCUGAGCUAAUUACCUCCGUCGGCGAGCAACUCCGUUCCCUCUCUUCCAAGGCAUUCCCCUCUCAAGACAGGUCCAUCAAUCCGGGCGUUCCAACAGGGGGUGAUGAAGAAAGCAAGAAGCAAUUAUUGGACAUCCUGGGAUCUCAUCCCCGCUUGGGAGAAAAGAAACUAACGGCCCUGAGCGGAUUAUCCAAGGAAGAGCAGGGGCAUUUAAGGGGCGAGAUUGAGAGGCUGAUGGAGAUGAAUCGGGUGUAUGAGGAGCGGUUUCCGGGGUUGAGAUAUGUGGUGUGGGUUAAUGGGCGAUCGACAACGGAGAUUGAGGAGAAUGCGGGGAGGAGGGUUAACAGAGGGAAUUACACAGCUGAGGUGGAGGAGAUAAUCCAGGCCAUGUGCGAUAUUGCCAAAGACCGGGCACGGAAGUUGGGUGCGAACUGA